GUGACGAAUGGCAGAAUGUUUUCAGCAAAAGUAUAACAACCAUUAAACUCAUCAAACUAUUAAAAGUGCGCAUUAAACGUGGCCAGAGGAAGCAGAGAAGCAGAUAAUCACCGCAAGCCCAUGUCCAUGUGUUUACCAUGUGCAAUAGCGUAAUCCGACAAAGUGUUAAAAUGAACUAAAUAAUAAAACCAAACCGAGACAAACACAGAAAGCCACAAGUACGAGGACGGGGCGUCACUGGGCAUCAGGAAGGAUUUAAUGAACGAAUGGAGUGAAUGGAGCAACCUUGAUCGUAUUAAAUCAAACAUAAAAACAAACAAAAAAAAAACAAAUAAGACUAACGAAGGAUUAACAUAACAUGUUGGGAGUAUGGUUUUUAUUAUUUGUUUUCUUUUUGUGCGCAACAUGAUGAACCUAGAUCUCGGAAGUGAUCGCAAGGGAAAGUAGAAAUAAAACAGAAAAAAGAGGAAGUGAGGAGUAGGAGUUCAGCAGCUCACUUUGUGACGAUGAGCUUGGCAAUGAGACUAGAGCCGAGAGUUCGUUCGUUUUCGUCGUAGUGAGUCGGUAACGUGGAAUAGAAACUUGAAAGUCGCCAACAUAUGGAGGAGAGAGACAGAAGGGAGAAUAGUAAGCAAAAACCUAAUGAAAUCGAACAUUCGGGCGAUGAAUGAGCUUGAGUGUACAAAUGAAGUCAUUCCUCCCUCCCCACCAGACUGGCCCGGGGUAGCACUGUGGGGACAGAGAGAAAUCGAGAGAGAGAGAGAGAGAUACACACGAUGUACGAUGACCCUAGGCAAGCCAAAACGAUGAAGAAAGAAAAAACACAGCGAGUGAUCAAAAUCAACUGUAUAGACUAAGCAGCAUUAAGCGCGUGUAUAAGUAUGGUAAGCUAAAGAAGAAGAAGAAGCAUAGGAGACAGGAGACAGAAAUCAGUCGUCAAAACCAUGUAACUAGUAACUUAUCCCUCCCCUUUCAACCCACACGAGCGGGCGUGCGUGCGUGCUUCCGGGCGGAUCUUCUGCUGUGACGCUUCGUCCAGGACGAACGCCACUUGCAGCGUGACGCUGACAUAGACGAAAAACAAACGGAACACAAACCAACCAACCUAUUCCAUUAACUAAGCCAGUUUGGCCAGAGUGUAACGAUCCAAUCCACACAAACACAGACACACGCUCUACUAAUCAAAAGUUUGCAGAAAUGAAGAAGAAAACGUUGAUGUGUCGAGCAGAUCCGAGAAUUGAUCCGAGCUGAACCUAAAAUGCUAGAAAUAGGGAGGAGAGGUCCUCUCGACAAGCAACAACCCUCCCCAUUCCCUUUCAAAAAACAUCCAGGUCCCGGUCCAGGUGUGUAGGUAUGUGUGUGAGAGGGCACGUGCGCGAGUGUGUAAAAGAGGAAAGCAGUUGAUUGCAGUGCGUACGCAGCAGCAUAACGAACACAUUUGUUGAGAUCGUUUGAAAAUAAA